GGCGGCAGCUGCGCAGAAGCUGUUUCACCUGUAAAAGAUAUGCGAAUUGCAAUCGAAAGCGUUCAGAGACUGGAUGCUGGGCCCACAACAGAACAAUAAAAAACCCUUGGAAUAGCUUUGUCCUAUGUUGAAACAUGUUUAAGAAACUGAAGCAAAAGAUAAACGAGGAGCAAUCUCCACCAAGGAAUGCGCAGUCACCACAGCAGGCCCAGGUGAACACAACAGAGAGGCGCAGUCUCCACCCCCUCUCGCACCAUGAUGCCCCGGCUUCUCCCAAUGACAGAGAGCUGCUGGCCGGGAUGAUAGCAGAGCCUGCUUUUCUGUCUGAGUAUACUAUCUUUGCUCUGGACCACUCAAAACGACCCAAAACACCUCAGGGUGCCAGUGCGAGUGGCGUCAGAGUGGCAGGCUCUCCCAGAGGCAGCAUCAAUGGAGAUGGGAGCGCCUCUCCUCAGCGUGAUGAGCCGCAGUCCCUGGCUCAGAAGCUGCAGCAGCGGGUCUCCUCGGUGGAGUCUUUGUUGCGUGGCGCCAGCCCAUCCGUCCAGGGCCUCUUCGGCUCCCGCGACAGCCUAGUGCGCAGCCCCUCGCGCGAAUCCCUCACCCCUCUCAGCGAGGGCGACCCACCGGCCGCCCCCUCCUACGACCCACCGUCCGACAUCGAGAGCGAGGCCGAGGACGGCCCAGGUCCAGGCCUCGGCAACAUGGACGCCCUGCCCAAGGCGGACCUGCUGCAUCGGCUGCAGCGCGUGGAGAAAAGCCUGGCUAACUACAGGGGGAAGUACUCCGAGCUGGUCAUUGCCUACAGAACUGUGCAGAGAGAUAAGGAGAAGACACAGGCCAUUCUCAGUCAGAGUCAGGACAAAGCACUGCGGCGGAUCGGCGAGCUGAGAGAGGAGCUGCAGAUGGACCAGCAGGCCAAGAAGCACCUGCAGGAGGAGUUUGACGCUGUGCUGGAGGAGAAGGAUCAGAUGAUCACAGUGCUUCAGACACAGGUGGCUCUGAUGAAGAAGCGACUACACAGCGUCCCGGAGCUGGGCGUCCCGGCGGAGGGGGAGGUGGCCAAGGUGACCGCGGAAACCACAGAGACGGCCUCGGCUCCCCAGAGCCCCACCAGGGAGCUGAACGCCGAGCCGCCCAGCGAGGAGGGCAGUGUGGAGCCAGGGAAGGAGGUGGAGGCGCUGCAGCAGCGUGUGAAGCGCCAGGAGAACCUGCUGCAGCGCUGCAAGGACCUGCUCCGCACCCACAAGGAGCGCAGCGCACAGCUGGCCAGCGAGAACGAGGCCCUGCAGCAGCAGCUCCAGGAGAGGCUGCAGGAGUUGGAGAAGAUGAAGGAACUUCACACAACCGAGAAGACGAAGUUGAUCACGCAGCUGCGAGACGCCAAGAACCUCAUAGAGCAGCUGGAGCAGGACAAGGGCAUGGUGAUUGCGGAGACCAAGCGCCAGAUGCACGAGACGCUGGAGAUGAAGGAGGAGGAGAUCGCCCAGCUGAGGGCGCGUGUCCAGCAGGCCGUGGCCCAGAAGGAGGAGCUGCAGGAGCUGAAAGAGAAGAACGAGAAAGCAGGCUUUGAGGAGCUGGAGCGCACCCUGGGCAUGGCGCAGCGGACGGAGGAGGCGCGGCGGCAGCUGCAGGUGCAGAUGGAGGAGCGGGUCAAGGAGGUGGAGAAGGCCAGCGAGGAGGAGCGCAGGAGCCUCCAGCAGGAGCUCACGCGCGUCAAACAGGAGGUGGUGAACAUCAUGAAGAAGUCUUCUGAGGACAAGAUUGUGGAGUUGGAGCGUACACAUGCACAAGCUCUCGCCAACAAAGAACAGGAAGUCCAAGCUCAGAUUAAUCAGGCUGUGGAACAGUGUCGGAAGGAGAUGAAUCAGGCUGCUCGGGAUAGGGAGCAACAGGCCACCCUAGCUAUCGAAGAGGCAGAGCUGCAGAAAACUGCCCUGCGGGCAAAGGCAGAGAAUAAGGCCAAGGAGCUGCUGCUGGAGUUGGAGACGGCCAGAACUAAAAUACUAGAACUGGAAAGCUCCUUGGCAAGAAACUCUGAGGUGGAUGGCGUCCAGUCAAGCGAGCUUUCAUCACAGAUAGAAGAACUGAAUAAAAAACAUGAGGCAGACUUGUUGGCCCUUGAGGGGAAGCACCAGAAGCUCUUGGAGAAAUCUAAAGCCGAGCAAGCUGAGGCCCUCAACCAGCAACACAGCGCAACCAUGCAUGAGCUUCAGGAGAAGCAUCGGGCAGAAGUGGAGGCCAUCCUGAAGGACAAGGAGCUGCAGUUCCACGCCCAUGUCGAAGACAUGAAUCAGAAAACGCUGGAGAAGCUGGAUGUGAAGCAGACUGAGCUGGAGGCCCUGUCUUUGGAGCUCCUGGAAAUCACCAAGACUAAGCAGCUCCUUGAGGAGAAACUCUCAGCUGCUGAAGAGGCCAGCAAGUCAGCAAGGGAAGAGUUCGAAGCAAGGUUUCAAGAAGAGCUGGCAAAAUAUCAAGCAGAUAUGGAGAGUAUCAAGCACCAACACGAGCAGUCAGUGGGAGAAGUAGAGAAGACACUAAAAGAGGAGCUUGAUAAACUAAAGGUGAUCCUGGAGGAAAAACAGAGGGAAGCAGAGGAACAUCAACAGCAGGCGAAAACCUUGAAAGAAGAUUUAGAAAAGGCUCAGCAGCACAAGGACAAAGAAUUGGAAGAGCUAAAGCAGAAACAGCAUGAUGGUCUUGGUGAGAUUUCAGAACAGCUGGCACAAUCAAAGAGUGAACUAAAAGACCUUAAAGCGCUCUUGGAAAGUGCCCAAAGUGAAUGCAAGCAAAAAGCAGACCUUCUUGAGCAAAAGAGUAAGGAGCUGCAGGAGGUUCAGUGCCAAGUAGAACAGGCCAAACAGGAGAUCUCUGAAAAAGAGAAAUCCCACACUGGCAAUUUAAAGGCCAUGCAAGAAGAAGAGAAUAAAUUAAGAAAACAGUUAGAUGCUCAUCAGGUGAAGAUUGAAAAUAUAAAAAAAGACAUGGAUGCUAAACUAAAAUCUCAAGAGAAUAAAGCCGAAAAGGUCCGACAGAAGGCCAAAGAGAUGCAGGAAAAGUUCAAGAAAAAGCUGCAGGACACUGAGGAGGCACUGAAGGGUGAGCUAGUGAAAAAGGAGAACGAACUACAGCAGAAAGAACAGCAGCUCAAGGAGAAGAUCUUGGAAAUGGCUCAAGCUAACUCAGAGGGACUGAACAGUACCAUAUCUGACUUGGAGGCCAACCACAAAGAGCAACUGGAGAAACUCAAGGAGGUUAAGAGACAGGAGCAAGAAAAAUUGGCACAAACUUGGCAAGAGAAACUCAGUCAGCAAGAGGAGGAACUUCAGGAGAAACAUGCCCUUGAGCUCCAGGAAAAGUCUCAAGAGCUGGAAGAGGUUUCACAACAACUUGGUGUCAGCAAGGAAGAGAAGGAGCGAGUUGUAAAAGAGAUGUCUGACUUGAAGGAAGAGUUGUCUAUAAGGGAGACCACGGUGCAGAAGUUGCAAGCAGAAUUGAGAGAAGCUGCAGUGAAAUUAGACAGUUUAUCACAAGGAGAGGCUUUGCUCAAAGAGCAGGUGGAAUCGGUUGAGAAGAAUCUCAAUCAGGCUCUUAGUGAAAGAAAUAUGGUCCAAGACCAGGUUGUGAAGUUGGAGGUGGAGAGUCGAGAAAGAAUACAGGAACUUUCCAGAAAUCUUGAAGAUGCACAUAAUAAGCUGAGUGUUCUUGAAGAUUCUCGGAAUAAGGAAGGUGAGGACUUCCAGAAGAAGCUAGAAGAUAAAGUUCUUGAACUACAACGCAAGGAAAAAGAGUUUAAAAAUUCUGUGCAAUCUAUGCAUGCACAGUUGGAGAAGCAUUGCAGAGAAGUCCAGGCAAGAAUUGAGGGAUCUACUGAUGAGCUUUGCAUGAAUGUUGAAAAUCGAGUGAGAGAACUUCAAGACAAAAUUGUAAGCACUCAAAAAAGGGUCACAAACCUCAGAAAUAUCAUCAUAGCAAAAACAGAUAACAUUUGCACUUUAGAGAGACAGCUUAAGCAAAGGGGAGAGGAGAACCAGAAUUUGAGCAACUCACUUGAGCAGCUGACACUAAAACUCAGAGAAAAUUCAGAGAAUUUUGAAGCCUUAACAAAUGAGAGACAGUCCUUACAGAAAACAUCGGAGAAUAACUCUCAAGUCCUUUCUGAGAAGGAACUUCGCAUUGAACAGCUCACUGAAGAAAAUAGAAUAAUUUCAGAAAAUAUCAAAGCAAAUGCACUACAUAUCAACAAUUUAGAGAGCAACAUUGAAGGCUUAAAGUCUCAGUUAGCAAGUAGCAUAACUGACAAGGAAGAGGCCAUAUCCUUGCUGAAACAGCAGCACAUGGAGGAAAAACAAAUGCUUAACAGCCAGAUGGAAGAGACCGUGGAAACUCUUAAUAAAGAAAAAAGUCUGGCUCUAGAAGAGGUCGAGACACUCAGGAAAAAACUGUCAGAGUUCAAAACAAAAGCAGAAUCCAAGUUCACAGACAACCAUAACACUGUCAAAACUCUGCAGGCCAAAAUAGAGGACAUGGAGAAGCAAAUAGUAGAGAAAGAAGAGAACAUGCGGAGGCUAACCGCAAGCCUUGACAAUCAGUCCAUAAGCAAGUCAGAGAUGGACCAAGCUCUUUCAGAAAAAGAGCAAAGGGUCACUGCUCUGGCCCUGGACCUUGAAAGCUGCACAAGAAGAGCUGGUGAUUUGGAAGAGCAGUUAGACGUGAGGACAAAAGAGUGUGAGCAGUUGAAGAGGGACCUGCAGCAACACACGGACAUCAGGGAAAGUGAGAAGCGUGAGAUAAUGGAGCAGGUUCAGCAGGCACAGGAGCAGUCCUCUCAAAGGGAUCACCUUGUCCAGGAGAUGGAGGGAAAACUCCUGUCUAUGGAGAAAGAAGUUCAAGCCACCAAAGAAGAACUUGAAUGUCAGAAAGUGGACUUUGAGAAGGAGAAAAUGGAGAUACUGAGGGAGAAGGAGGAGGCCUUGAAAAUGGCGGAGGAGAGGUCCUCAGAGAGCACAGGGAAAGUGGCUGAGCUGAAAAAGAAAGCAGAGCAGAAAAUCAGCCUCAUCCGAAAACAGCUGACCUCACAGAUCGAGGAGAAGGAGAAAGUCAUCAAGACCCUGCAGUCCCAGGUGCAGGAUGUUCAGCAGAGCCAGACAGAGAAGGAGCAGCAAAUGAGACUGUUAGAGGAGAAGGAGAAGGGCCUGGAGGAGGCCCUCAGUAGCCUGAGGGAAGAACAUGAAAGACAACUCGAGCAAGUUCGCCACAACGAGAACCUCGAGAAGGAGAAAUGUUUAGAGAGUCUGAGGGGUAGCUAUGAGGACAAAAUUGCAGCUCUUCAAACCAAAACGUCUCAGGAAGAGAAAUGUGCUAUGGCAGGUAAAGACAGGGAGGAGGAGAUCCUCCAAAGCCUUAAAGAGCUCCAGGGAAAGCUUGAAGAAGCUCAGGAGCAGAAUGCAAACCAUCAAGCUGAAAUCAGCCGCCUUAAGGCAGAGCUCUUAGAACAGACCUCACUGGUUCAAGAGCUACAGAAGACUCAACUGACUGAGGCAAGACUAAUCGAGACAGAACACUGUGUAGUUGAGCAAAACCAUAGCAUCUUGGGAAAGGAGCCUGUGGGUGAUGUAACCCAGGGGGAAGCGGAUUGGCAAAGUCAGAAAGAAGCUUUGGUGAAGGAGUAUGAGCAGAAGCUUUUAGAACUAUCUCAAAGGUUGGAGGAAAAGGAGAGCCUUCUUGGCGUCUAUCAAAACUCUUCUCAGGGAAAUGGAGAUGCUGAUGGCACUGACCGCUCAUUGGAGCAGAGUCCGGAGCACUUGAAGAGCAAGCUGUCGCAGACCGAGCAGGAGAAGCAGAAAAUCCAGAAAGAGUUCACCAGGUUACAGAAAGACCUGCGCUCGCUAAGGAGGGAGCACGAGCAGGAACUGGAGCACUUGAAGAGAGAGAUGGCAGAAGAAAGUGAAAAGAAACUGAAGCAAGAAAUUGAGGACCUGGAAAUGAAACAGAAUUCUGCACUUAAACAGAUCUUGAGGGAGUUCAACACACAAAUGGCGCUGAAAGAGAAGGAAUUGGAGACAUCGGUAAAAGAGACCAUUGAAAAGGCCCAGAGCGUGGAGGCGGAGCUGAUGGACAGCCACCGGGACGAAGCCAGUGAGCUGAAGAAGGUGAUUGCCCAGAAGGAGGAUGACCUGAAAAGGACAGUGCAGCGGUACGAGGAGAUCCUGCAGAGCCGCGAGGAGGAGAUGGGAACGCGUGUGUGGGAGGUGCAGAAGGAGCUGGACGAGCUUCAGCAGCGCAGCCUCACUGGCCCGCAGGGCCUUGAGGAGCUUCAGCUCCAGAUUGCCCAGAAGACCACCCAGCUGAGCGAGGCCCGGCUCAGGGAGCAGGGGUACCAAGACCGGAUCCACUCGCUGGAGGACAAGCUUAGGUGUGCCCAUAAAAACUCGGUGGUGACUCACCUGGGCAGCUCCUACAGAGACGCCUCCCAGUUCAGCUCCAGUGCCUUGAACGAGCCCACCGAGUACGAGUACCUGAGGAAGGUGAUGUUCGAGUACAUGAUGGGACGAGAAACGAAGACGAUGGCCAAAGUCAUAACCUCCGUGCUGAAGUUCCCUGCCGACCAGGCGCAGAAGAUUCUGGAACGCGAAGACUCCCGAGUGACGACCUGGCUACGGUGAGGUGUUUCCAGGGGUGGAGGUCAAGAGACAGACGCUGCUGUUGAGAGACUUUUGGGAAGGGCGAGGAGAACUGUCAGUGACUUGAAAGAGCCCUUUUCCUGUCUGCUUAUCAUGUACGGUUGUGUGUGUGUGUGUGUGUGUGUGUUGUGUGUGUGUGUGUGUGUGUGUUGUGUGUGUUGUGUGUGUGUGUGUGUGUUGUGUGUUGUGUGUUGUGUGUGUGUGUGUGUGUGUGUGUGUGUGUGUGUGUGUGUGAGAGUGUGAGAGAAAAGCCAUGGUGGGAUGGGAUUUGCAAAUACAUGUCUGUCUGUCUGUGCUGGAUUGGUUGAAGGUAUGCAAAGGUAUGAGGGAACUAGCUUAAUAAAUGAAAUGUCAGAUCUCAAUGAAUUCUUCCUAUUUAGUUGCCUGCAAUGAAAUUAUGUUUUUAUUUAUGAUUAUUUUUAAUUAGUUGCAGCCACUAGUUGAGAGGUUUUCUUUUUGUUAGAUACUCAUUUUUAUCUGUGUGAAUGGUGAAUGGAUUGUGCAAUAAUUCUGAUGUUAAUUUCCUAUUUUACUUUUGAGUUGUCGUCAAUGUUUGUUUCAGAGGUUGGUAUUGAUUUAUUUUUCUGUUUCUUGUUGAUCAUGUGAUUUGAACGAGACCCUUUAACCUGCUAUCUGCACAUGUCUAUGUAUCACUGACCACAGACACUGGCCCCUGUAGUAAGUUAAAUCACAGAGUAUAGCAGCUUUUUUACCUAAUACUGUAUUUUCUGCUGACAGACAGAUGAAAAUAAGGUAUCCUAUUGUAAAUUGUAAAUAAGGACUUAAAAUCUGUACCAUAAUAGGGCACAUUGUGACUGUUGCUACAUUUUACAACUAAUAAAGUUUUAUUUACCAUA